UCUCUUCUCUAUAUAUAAUCCAAGCUCAAUAAAUCACACACAAUUCAUUGACAUUCUAUCUCUUUGUCUCUGCGAUGGGGAUGGUGAUUGUGUUGUCUUUGCCUUUGAUUCUGUUUUCAUUACUUCUAGGAUUUGGGUGUUAUCUUUUCGGAAGAGCAAAGGGCAGGAAAGAAGCAUACGCUACCGCACAAAUUUUCACCGCACCAGCUCCGCCGCCGGGAAGCGUCAAAGCUCCUCAUCAGCCACUACAACCCAUCUUCAAGCCCGACAAUUCUGCUAAUGUUUAGUGUGAAAUAAAUGGUAUACAUAUAUGUUGAUUUGUGGUGAAAUUCAAAUCUUUUUGUACGUCUUGUAUGAUCAAAUAUUAUUUUUAUAAUUGUUUGUUCAAAUAAUCACAUUUGCCGGUUA